AUGGAGUCUUCUCCUCCGAGGAGUAGCUCUGUUGCUGCUCCCGUGGCAGGCAUGAAGCGUCCGGCCUCCCUGUUGCCCGCUUUCGAGCCAUUGAGCUCUUCCCCGUCUCUCCCUCGUCCCCAGAAGCGUGUAGCACGCGAUGACCAUGGGGCUGUCUCGACCUAUCCGACUCCCGUCCCGACGUCCUCGACUCACAUUAUGUCGUCCUCCCCUCCUCGAAUGGCCCUGCCUCGAUCCGGGUCGCGUCGUAACCUCGCCUCCAGCAGCUCCGAGCGUACCCCUCUAUCUGCCGUCCCAACUCUGAUGCUCUCAGACUCCGGCGAGCCCCUUCUCAUGGGCAGAUCGAGCGUCUCCUGCCAUCACCAGCUCGCCGCUAACCGUAUGAUAUCGAGGAUCCAUGUCAAGGCCACCUAUAAGCCGGCACCGAACCCCUUCGACCGAGAUAGGGUGGAGAUAAUGUGCAUGGGAUGGAACGGGAUUAAACUGCACUGCCAGGGGAAGACAUAUGAUUUGGCGAAGGGAAAAACUUUCACAUCCGAUAUCAAGGAUGCCGAUAUCAUGAUUGACGUUCAUGACGCACGCGUUUUGGUGCAAUGGCCGCGUGGCGACAAAAAGGAUUAUGCCUCGACCGAUUCCGAACACACUUGGGAGGAGACCACCCCCAAACGCAAUGCCCAGUCUCAUCGAAGCUUGCAGGAUAGCCCCAGUGUGGAGCGUCGACGCUUGGCCUCCCCCGUGUCACCGUCCCCGGCGGUCAAGUCCUUGGUCCCCCCAUCUUCUCCACUCUAUACCCCGACUCGCUCGCGCAAUGCGGUGGUUGUGUAUGAGGACGAGGAUUCUCCGGUCCGUGCGACUAGCUCCGCGGAUGAUCUCACGUCUGAAACCUUCCACGACCCCUCUCCCGCUGUAGACCUUCUGCAGAGCUCCCAGUCCAGUGAGCUAAGUGAACUGAGUAAGCAUGACGAGUUGUCUGAUCACGAUGAGGAGAACGACCCCAUCAUCCACUCGUUUGGACCCUUUGGAGAGAAUAUCCUGCCCCGUAUGGCUUCGUUCACAGCCAAUGAGUCGCCCGUUCGUCCUUCGCAUCCUCGCAACCAGUCUUCUACUCAACCCCUCCAGCCCACCCAGUCACCUCGGCAGCCUUCUAAGGCCGCAGACCACACUGAAAGUGCACCCAGCAAGCCGGAGCCGCUGGACGAGGGCCUGGAACGCGUCCAGAACCACGCCAUCAACCAGCUCGCCUUCUCGCGCCUUUCUUCGACCCCAUUCUCAACCAUCCUGAGCAACCUUCCUCCCGCCCUGUGGAGACAGGACAACCGUUCCGAGAAAGGACCGUCCAAAGAACAAAUUCUCGCUGUUAUUGAUACCACCAAGUGCAUUGGUAAGGUUGCUCGGGAGGGGAAAGAUGCCGCCGGAAAGCCUCUGGAAAGCGAAUAUUAUUACAUUCCGGACUUUGACGAAGAUGACAUGCGGCGGGAAGCCGUUGUGCAUGAUCUCCGCAAGCCAGGUCUUCGGAACUGUAGAAAGCAGCACAAGGUAUGUGGACUGAUCUGA